AUGGUUGAUUUGGAGAGCGAAGUACCCCGUCUUCCCCCGAGGUAUAGAUUCAGGGACUUACUCCUCGGGGACCAGAAUUUACUAAAUGACGACAGGGUGCAAGUUGAAUUUUAUGCCAAUGAAAGUACUUUCAAAGAGACACUUAAACUGUUCUUCAUCAAAAACCAAAGAUCAAGCCUAAGAAUACAAGUGUUUGACUUCUCCCUAAAGGUUCUGAGCUGUGUCUUAUACAUGUGUCGCGUAUUGACAGAUGACCCAUCCAAAGGACAUGGCUGGUCUCCCAUAAUGUGGGUCGAACGAAGUCUUUUAAUAUGGCCGUUACAGGUGUCUGUGGCAGUUAUCUGUCUUUUUGAAACUAUUCUAUUGACUUACCUGAGUUACAAGGGCAACAUUUGGGAGCAGAUAAUUCGGUUGACGUUUAUCCUGGAGAUGGUGAACACAGUGCCUUUCCUGCUCACCAUCAUGUGGCUCCCUCUGCGGAACCUUUUCAUCCCAGUGUUCCUGAACUGCUGGUUGGCCAAGCAUGCCUUGGAGAAUAUGAUUAAUGACCUGCAUCGUGCCAUACAGCGAACACAGUCUGCCAUCUUCAACCAGGUGCUCAUCCUCAUCUCCACCCUCUUCUGCCUCAUAUUCACUUGUAUCUGUGGAAUCCAGCACCUGGAGCGGGCGGGCAAGAAUCUGACGUUGUUCGACUCCUGGUACUUCUGUGUUGUCACGUUCUCCACAGUGGGUUACGGCGACGUCACGCCCAACGUGUGGCCCUCCAAGCUGCUGGUGAUCAUCAUGAUCUCAGUGGCCCUUGUGGUGCUGCCCAUUCAGUUUGAGCAGCUGGCCUACCUGUGGAUGGAGAGACAGAAGUCGGGGGGGAACUACAGCCGUCACCGCGCCCAGACGGAGAAACAUGUGGUGCUGUGUGUCAGCUCCCUCAAGAUAGACCUCCUGAUGGACUUCCUCAAUGAGUUCUACGCCCACCCCGGGCUGCAGGACUACUACGUCAUCAUCCUGUGUCCGACAGAGAUGGACCCCCAGGUUCGUCGGGUCCUCCAGAUCCCCCUGUGGUCACAGCGUGUCAUCUACCUCCAGGGUUCAGCCCUCAAAGACCAGGAUCUCAUUCGGGCCAAACUGGACAAUGCCGAGGCUUGUUUCAUCCUAAGCAGUCGCUGUGAGGUGGACCGCACUGCCGCAGACCAUCAGACAAUUCUGCGAGCUUGGGCUGUGAAGGAUUUCGCUCCAAAGUGCCCCAUUUAUGUCCAGAUUCUAAAGCCAGAGAAUAAAUUCCAUGUGAAAUUUGCAGAUCAUGUUGUGUGUGAGGAGGAAUUCAAGUAUGCCAUGUUGGCCCUGAACUGCAUCUGUCCAGCGACCUCCACCCUCAUAACCCUACUGGUCCACACUUCACAGGGCCUGGAAGGGCAGCAGUCUCCAGAGCAUUGGCACAGGACCUAUGGCAAGUGUUCCGGGAACGAGGUUUACAACAUCGCCAUGAGAGACAGCGUCUUCUUCUCGGAAUACAUGGGGAAAAGCUUCACCUACACCUCCUUCAAAUCGCAUAAGAAGUAUGGUGUGUGUCUGAUCGGGGUGUGCCGGGAGGACAGUAAGAGCAUCCUGCUGAACCCCGGGCCCCAGUUCCGAAUGAGCCCCAAUGACACCUGCUUCUACAUCAACAUCACCAAGGAGGAGUAUUCUACCUUUAAGACCCAGAGGGAGAGGAUGGUCAGCCGGCCUCGCCUGCCAGUACCCAGUGUCAUCGCCAGCAUGGGCACUGUGGCCAUAGACCUCCAGGACGCAGGCUGCAAGCCCAACUGUGGGCCCACUCUCUGUCUCCCCCCAGAGGACAUUAAGGGUAACAGCAGGGGGCCCAGCAUCAGCCCCGUGCUAGAGGUGCCAGACACUUCCUCUCUGCACACAGGUGACCUCUAUAGCGACCAAUCAGAGGAUGAGAACCUGCCCUCCGACGAGGACCUAUCAACUGAGGACUAUGUGAAAGGCUAUUCUCCCAACCUGCCCUACAUCGGUAGUUCUCCAACACUUUGCCAUCUACUGAAGGAGAAAGUACCAUACUGUUGCCUCAGACUGGAAGGGGGUUGUCAGCAUAACAACUUUGAGGACGCCAAAGUGUAUAGCUUUAAGAACAAGCUGAUCAUUGUGUCGGCUGAGACGGCGGGGAAUGGACUGUACAACUUCAUCGUCCCACUUAGAGCUUCCUACAGACUAAAGAAAGAGCUGAACCCGAUUGUGCUGCUCCUGGAUAAUCAGCCUGACACACAGUUCCUGGAGGCUAUCUGUUGGUUCCCGAUGGUGUUCUACAUGGUCGGCUCCAUCGAUAACCUAGAUGACCUCCUGCGUUGCGGUGUGUCCUUUGCGGCCAACAUGGUGGUGGUGGACAAGGAGAGCACCAUGAGUGCAGAGGAGGACUACAUGGCUGAUGCCAAAACCAUCGUCAAUGUGCAGACACUCUUCAGGUUGUUCUCCAGUCUCAGUAUCAUCACAGAGCUAACCCACCCGGCCAACAUGAGGUUUAUGCAAUUCAGAGCUAAGGACUGGUACUCUCUGGCUCUCUCUAAACUGGAGAAGAAAGAGCGGGAGAAAGGCUCCAACCUGGCUUUCAUGUUCCGCCUGCCAUUUGCUGCCGGGAGGGUCUUCAGUAUCGGCAUGCUGGACACUCUCCUCUACCAGUCGUUUGUCAAAGACUAUAUUAUCUCCAUCACCAGGCUGCUGCUUGGCCUGGACACCACCCCAGGCUCUGGCUUCCUUUGCUCUAUGCAGAUCUCCGAGGAUGACCUUUGGAUCCAGACGUAUGGAAGGCUCUAUCAGAAACUGUGUUCCACCGUCGGUGACAUUCCCAUCGGCAUCUACAGGACAGAAUCCCAGAUGGCUGAUUCCUCCGAGUCACAGCUCUCGAUAUGUGUCGAGGACUUUGAUGACGCCAAGGAGCAGGCCGACAUAGAGCUUCCCCCUGUGGCCGGAGGGCUCCACCGCAGCUCCACCUCCAGCGACCCAUCGGACGGGAAGGCUCCCCUGCUGAGGAGGAAGAGCAUGCAGUGGGCACGAAAGCUGAGCCGGAGAGGCCCACGGGGGAACCAGAGGGAGGCUCAGAGGGGGGCCCAGCAGGGUCUGAGGGCCAGACGUUCGGAGAGACAGGAGCUGGCUGAGCUGGUCAACAACCGGAUGAAGAGCCUGGGACUCUCUGCCACGGCUUACGAUGACAUGAGCGAGAACCAGAGCACGCAUUCCCACACGUAUGUGUUGAUCAACCCACCUCCCGACACCAAACUGGAACUGAAUGACAUAGUGUAUCUCAUCCGUUCAGAUCCCGUGGGGUAUGUCCCUAAGGCUGGUGACAGCAGGGAGAGUCUGGGAAACAACACCUGUGUUGGGGAGCACACCAAGACAGAGUCUUCUUUUUGAUCCCUACCUACACACAGCCUGCCUUUACAGUAGUAUUGGGGGUGUUAAAGGGAUCAUUCAUUUUUUGCACUGCUACAUCCUUGCCAGGAGAUUCUGGAUGUUAAAUUAGAAAAUAAUAAUAAAACUAGCUAAAUAACCAACUAAUGUAAAACAGUUAGGAUGAAAUGACAAUAUCGAAAAUGAGCUAAAACUUCAACAAAGUGAACCAUCCCUUUAAUGCCAUAAUUAUGUUAUGUGCUACAAUUCACAUUGCGUUGCGCAGAGCACGGGGUGGUGCAAUCAAUAUAAUCUUGGACUGUAUCAUCCCCAUACUUGAUCUACUUUUCAAUUAACAUAGAUAUACGUGUGUCUUAAACUGUAUCUCUCGCUUUCACAAUGUGGCCUUUCCAGAGGAUAAACUCAGUUUAGGAACUCAAUGAUUUGAAAGACACCCCAUGGUCAAAGCUCUUCUAGGAGAGCAGAGUCCCUGCUCAUCUUCCAAAUAUGUCUGAAACCCUACCUCGUCAAAUAGUAUUUUAGUAUGGUAUAAUCCCACAGCAUUCACACCCCCACCUCACCCCAAAUAUUGGUUGCCUUUCAUGAAAUAACCCUCCCACUUGAUCCCCUCCCUCCAUCCCAAAUAGCACUGACUCUGCUGAUAGCUACUUCAUUGAGAAAAAAUGUACUUACUAUGACUGAGAUGUGAUUUUCCCACCUAUCUUGCUUAAGAUGAAUGCACUAACUGUAUGUCGCUCUGGAUAAGAGCAUCUGCUAAAUUACUCAAAUGUAAAUGGUGGUAUUUGUUUGCAUGUUUGGGGGGGUGGUGACUGAACUGUUUGGGUUGCUAUGCAAAAAAUCUGUCCUCAUAGUUUACAGUAUAGAGCUCGCCAGCUUGUAGUCCUAAAAAAACUGAAAUGAGUAACCUCUGGUUCGUUCAACCAUUGCUAUGGCGGAAAUUAAUGGGGAAAGAAUGGGGUUUUGGGGUAAACGGCGAAAAUAAAGUCUGAGGUUAACACAGGCUUAGAAGAUCUUAUAUACAUUGUGUUCUAGAACAAAACUUAUAAGAUCUCAUAAGCCUCUGUUUACCACAGAUGUUAUUUUUGCAGUUUAUUAAAAAAAAUACAUUAAUUUCCCCAUAGGCUUUGCCCAACGAGCCAUGGCAGAGUUAGUGCCUACAAAAAGACGCCACAUUGCUCUAUUACUAUUGCUCUCUAUACCUCAUGAUAUCAUAUUUACUGUUUGUUUAUUCAUUUGUAUAGUCAUGUGAAUCAUGCAUUGUACUAUACUCAUCUGUUGAAUGUUUGUUGUCAUUCAUAUUGACUGUCAUAAAUAAUGGUAUGUUUA